GGGGGGGCUAAAAGGUCUAGAAGGGGGAGGGGGUCUUGACAAGGUCCUGCAGGUGUAUCCGUAUGGAAGUGAAUGGGUGGAUUGGGUGGAUUGGGUGGAUGGAGAACCAGGCCAGACUCGAGACUCGAGAGUAAGUGAGAAAGGAAGUAUCCCAUGGCCCAUGGUUUGGUGCAAGUGAACCUCCUCCAUACGUUAUGGCAAUUGUCUUUCCUACCGUCUACCCUCUUUCUUUCCGUCCCAUCACUUCUCUCUUCCUGACUGGCUAGUCUUGCCAUGUUCAUGGGCUAUUCCUUACACUUUUUACUCCCACUCUACAUAUCUCUCUUUUUCUCUCUCUUUUGUCUGGGUUUCUCUCGGCCUUUCUGUCUGUCUGUCUUUUUUUUUUUUUUGUCCUCCACCCCCCUUCCGACUCUCAGUCCCUCGGACUCUCCACACCACCAUCAGCCCUCCUCCCCUCUGCUUCCUUCAUCAUAACUCUCUAUCCGGACCUCUCUCUGCCUCUUCCUCAACUAUAUUUCCCAUCACGCUCUCAUCGCGGACCCGAGUUCGUGCCAUGUACAUAGUUUAUGAGCGUACAUCCAUCAUCUGGGUACAGCCCUGUCGGUGUGUUUGAUCCUUGUCCCCGUCUUCCAAAAGCAGUCGGGAGUAGGCCGCUCCCUGGUUCAUCGGCAUCUUACUCCCACACAUCCACAUCGACGAACAGAUGUUACCUUGUCCACCACCAUAAGAACCCCCCCUGCAACUCUUGUCCUCUUGCUGAGCCAGGCCAAGCAGAUUCUCGCACACCUGCCUUCUGGCCCCAAGUUCACAGACAGGAAGAGGUUUGUAUCAGGGAAAUCCGGCUUAGCUCCAACCGACGUUCCGAACCUGACCGUGCUGACUUAUUGGUCCGUUCAUGGAUGAUGCUUCUUUUUCUACACUACUUCUUUUAUACCUCCAGGAUCCGUCUGCACCGCCCCUCGACCUGUCUUCUUUCUCGCUCUCCUUUCGCGUCCCACUUACCAAGGCCUCACUGCCCUUGAUUCUCUGCUAGUCACUCCUUUUUUCAAGCCUUGUAACCUAUAAUACUUUUUUUCCUUUUUCGAGGGGGCUGCCUCUUCGCAUCUAUAAUACCUACUCUCCGGGAGCUGGCUCUCUUCAUCCCGCCAGGAACCAGGACGGCCAGCUGCGCGCUCCAACACUCACACACAUACACACACACCUUCAGCCAUCAAAGCACCAAACGAGGUUGCCGAUUAUUGCAAACUCAUCACGCUCCUUUACUGCCUUUGAGGAUCGUACGCAUACAUACAUACAAUAUAAAUACAGAGUACCCAACACAAAGACUCUUAUUACAAAAGAUCCUCAACCGCGCUGUCUAGCUGAGGACGGGAAUCCCUACCGCCUCCAUCUAUACAUCACCCACUAGCCUCAUCGCGAGGACCCGCUGUCCUUAACGCUCAUCAUCGCCCUCCCAUCCUCGAGGGAAGAGACCGGAAAGGGAUCAAGAGAAAGCAGAAAGAGAAAGGAGCCAAGAAGGGAAAGGAAAAAUCUACGCGUCCCCUGGCCCCAACAAACAUAACCACUCACGUCGCCGUCCAUUACUCGUCCGGCCCGGAGAUUAUUUGUCUCUCUCCGCUCAGGUUGGCCACUGCGCCAGAUUCUUCCAAGUAAGUUCCUGGAAGCCCUUCUCUGUCGGCCUGCCGGAUCGCGCUCGUCGAUACGUGGGCAGUGUGGAUCCCCCUCACCCCCCGACUGCCGUCAGAUACAACUGCCACCCUUGAUGUCCCUCGUCCGAGGAUCAAUGCUAACAACCCACCGUCCCCGUUCAGCAUCAACCCGAUAAUUGAUUAACCGCACGCUCCCUUGUUCCUGUCUAAGCACCAUGGACUCUGCUCAGGCACAGCUUCGGCAACAAAUACACACACCUUCCUUCACCUUCAACCCUAACAACAAGUUCAGAAGAGACCUCCCGCCUCGUACAACGACCAUCAUCAACAUGAACGGUAAUGAUAUGCCCAUCAAACAAGAGGGCGUGGGAGCACCCGCCGGUGUAUGGACAACCCCAACGUCUCAAGGCAUGAGGCCCAGACCUGCGACCAUCCACGAAGGCUUCUCCUACAGCAUGGGCGAUGACUACGGCACCCUCCCAUCGUGGGAUUCUUCGCCACUGCCGAUGCAGCAGACUCCCAGCGACGCCAUGUCCCGCCCGGUAUCAGUUCAUCAACAAGACUUCUAUCCCGUCACCACCAUGGAGAACAACUGGCAACAAAAGCCAUGCGAAGACACUUUUGAGUUCCAUGGAUUGGACACAGAGAUGAUUGGCCAGGCAUACACUACCGAUGAAGCCAUUCCUGUGCUUGAUCUGAGGUACCAGCAACAGGACAACGAACCGUUCAACUUUGACUGCGGCCCCAACCCGCGACGCAUGUCCGGCUCGUCUUUCACCAUGUCCACGUCCGGUGCCCUCUCAGAUAUGCCUUCGUACGAAGACUUCUCAGCUGCACUGUCAGAGGCGCCAUCGUUCAGUUCAGACUACCCGCCGCCGUCUAACCGCAAUUCAUUGAUGUCGUCGACUCAAUUGUCGCCGGUUGCGUCUCCUCGGAUGACUCCCCAGAGCCGAUCUGAACUUGUUAGGACUCAAAGCCGCGGUCGUGCUUCCCCUUCGCCUCGCCCAGGCAUGCGAUCUGCUCCCUACAGCGUCGAGCGUGGAACGACAAAGAGGUGGUCGACGGGAUCGUACGGAACUCAGCAGAACAGACGUCAGACACCGUUCGUGUUUCAUCAGGGGCACGAUGCAUUUGGUGCCCACCAGCGCAUGUCUUCGAGACACUCAUCGCCGACGAUCCAGCACCAGCAGGUCCCAUUGAACUUCACCAAUCUUCAAGCCGCCCAGCAGCAUCCCUUCAUGAUGGCCGCCCCGCCGCAGUACCAGAGAAACAGCAUGAACAGUAUGCUCUUGCCGUCGCAAUUGCCCUCCAAUGGCUUCCAUCCCGACGCUCACCACUUCGAGGCCCCGCCGCCACUUCUGUCUCAUGGCCUCUUCCGCAUGCUCCAGAGCAACGCCGAUCCUCACUCGCUUCACAGCCACUACACGGAUCUGUCCGACCCGCCCGACCUGUACGCUUCACUCCACGAGGAGCAGAUCCCGCCGCCUCCCGAGGACAUGAACCCGUCUGACCCCGAUCUUGUUCCCCACGAGCAAGAGUUGCGGUUCGAGGGUGACCUUUACACACCCAGAUGGGUGAGAGGUCACGGUAACAAGCGUGAAGGAUGGUGUGGAAUCUGCAAGCCGGGUCGCUGGCUUGUACUGAAGAACUCGGCCUUCUGGUACGACAAGUCGUUCACCCACGGCAUCAGCGCCGCCACGGGCAACCCAUUCCAAGAGCCUCAAGAAACGCGACGAAUGGACGGAAACCCGGAUGUUUGGGAAGGUUUGUGCGGCAGCUGCAACGAUUGGAUUGCGCUCGUCAGCAGCAAGAAGAAGGGUACCACAUGGUUCAGGCACGCGUACAAGUGUCACACCCACCCCAAGAUCAAGGAUGCGCCAAAGCGUCGACGUGAGAGCAAUCACAACCGCAACCUUGCAGCAUCUCAGAUGGCCAAGCCAAAGGUUGAGCCUCAACAGCCGCAGCAAGCACCUCCAAUGCCGCAGCAGACUCCAAUCACGCCUCAAACUUCGUCGGCAUCCGUCACAAGCACGCCUACGCCAGCGCAGAUGCAACAGCAGCACCAGCACCAGCAUCAGGUUCAACAACACCAACACCUUCAACAGGUGCCGCCGCCCAUGCCUCAAAUGAACCAAGGGCAGAUGGGACAGAACCAAGUCCAGCAGAGGAAUGUCAUCAACCCUAUGGAAGGCAUGCCUGGCAUGAUUUGAUGCGGUUCCUUGAUCUUGAUAUGGCAGAGAAACAACACACAAACACGACUGAUACCACUUUUUUUUCUGUUUUCUCUUUUCCUUUGUCACGCAGACUUACCCCCGCCGCAGCGCGUGCCUGUGGUACACUACCGAAACGUCGUCACGAAAAACAACGAACCUUUUCCUGACCUACCUUUUUAUAGACUUGGGCAUCACGGGAUACCUUUGGAGGAUGGGACAAAAAUUUGGGGAGGGUGCUAAAGGGUGUUGGAAUCUUUUUGGACGAGUCAAGAAAAAAACAAAAGAAAAACUCCGAAACUACUUCCCCCGGAUGACAGAGAGAGAAAAGGGACAAUGUGUCAUGACGAUUUUCCAAAACAAUCUUACUACCUUUUACCUCAGCACCAUCACAAUAUCCAUCACUACAACCAUCCACGAUUUGAUCUUUUUCAUCUCCUUUUCCUUUUCUACCUCGAGUUCCGCUGCCUGACCGACGUUUCUGAAUUCAUUUGAGCACGACCACCCAUGUUUUAUGCCCCGAAAGAGGAGGAUACCAACUGUCUGGUUUCGCACGUUGGCCUUUCCAGCCACGUGUAAAGCAUGACCCCAGAGUGCAGGAUUUCUCAAUGGCCCAGCUUUCAUCACUUCAUCAAUAACCAACGGAAGAGACAUGGGAGGGGAAAUUUGGAGGGGCAAGUUUUGUUCCGUUCAGUUUGUUUGUUUCUUCUUUUUGAUUCUCUGAUUCUUGUUCAGUCCUUUCUGUUUUUUGACUCUUUUUUUUAUCUCUAUAGUUUUUCUGAACCGCCCCACCAUUCCUUUUCCCUUUUUUCUACAUGCUCUUCCACACCAACUUAAUCGUAGAUAGCUAAAUAGUGAGACCCCCAACGACUGGAUCUGCAGUCGUAGUUUUGAAUUUUUUGAGGAGGACAUACCAAUGAUAUCAAGGGGAGGAAAAGGUGGAAUAGGGAUCUGGGAAAAACCAUGACUUGGACCGGGGAAAAUGGCCGGGAUAGGAAGGAAGCGGAGGACAAUUUUCUGGCAACGGUCUUGGAGAACUGUUCUGGAGGAAGGGGGAU